UGCAAAUACCCCAUUACUAGAGAGUCAAGAAAACGACCGAACUUGGAGUCUUUCGCGAACACCUGUUGCACGGAAGCAAACAGCACAAACUCGGCGUGGUCUCCGCAGGCUCGCCGUAAGGAGAGUCAAGCUUCGACGUUUUCCACCUUUUCGGUCUCCCAAUUCACCUUCACCCUUUGCCAAUUAAGCAACAUGGAAGAAGACGACGAUGAUCUUUAUGAUCCCGCUGAUGCAGUGCUGGUCACUCACCACCUGAGCAAUCACAAUGUCACAGCCGAUGCGCAUAUGCCUCAAGCAAACAACGUGGAGGAGGAGGAAGAAGAAGAAGUAGAGGUAGAGGAGGAGGAUGAAGAUGAUUUCAAUAUUAUCACAGAAGCGCCCCCAGACGCACCACUUCCAGAAGUACCACACCCUCGCCAUGCUACGCUAAGAGCCGAGCCCCAGCGCCCUGGCUCUGCAGACUCUAGUAUUGCGAAAUCAGUAACACCGACAACAACGCCAAAGGUUGAUUCCUCGGUUCCGGUGCCCGUUGGGACGAGACCGGUAUCGCAGAAACCCGGUUCGGCAUAUCCGCCCGUGCACACGUCUACAAUCGAUGUCCAUGCAAACCCAACCCACCCUACGACCGGCAAAUCGAUCCUGUCUACCGACAUGGAUGCCGAUUUCCCCGAAGAUGACAAGCCCUGGAGACGUCCUGGGUCUGAUAUCACGGAUUACUUCAAUUACGGAUUUGAUGAGUUCACAUGGGCUAGCUAUGUGCUAAAACAACAAGAACUACGGAAGGAAGUCGGAGACCAGAAGAGACAGCUGGACGAUAUGCAAAGCUUCCUCAGCAUGGGUUUGCCACCGAUGCCUGGGGGUCCCCAACCAGGUCAGGCGCCUGCCGCGAGUGCACCUCCCCCUAUGCCAGGAAUGCCGGGUAUGCCAGAUAUGUCCCCGGAGAUGAUGCAGGGCAUGUUGGCGUCAAUGAUGGCCCAAGGAUUGGACCCUGCCUCUAUGGACCCGAUGUCUUUUAUGCAACAUGCCCAGGCGAUGAUGGGUGGGCAAUCCGGCGCAGGCGGCGGACAGCAAGGUCAACCUGGAUUUGGUGGUCAAGGUGGUGGCCAAUCCCAGAUGGGAUUCGGAGGCGGAUAUGGUGGAGGUGGAGGUCGGGGGCGAGGAAGCAGAAGGUGGUAGUAUAAAUAUGAACUUGAACCCCUAUCGUGCAAUACUUUUUAAUGUUCAUGAAUGAUAAAAAUAACAAGUCUUCC